AUGCUCGAACGUACAGACACUCAAGGCUGUCACUUUAAGGACAACCUUCGCCAAUACAACGUUGCCUUUGCCUUUACUUCGUUGGGCUGCGAUAUUGCCCCUGCCGAGGAACGAACGAAUAAUGAAAACAACAAAGGUGGCCUUCAUGCAUUUCAGAUUCAUGGUGAAAUUUAUCACUUCCAAGGCCCUUUGCUACCCGCUAAUGAUGGUUCGAGCCCCUCAUCUGCUCAGCUUUAUAUCUACGACCCAUUAUAUGCACCUGAAAGACGCUCGGAGAGAGAUGACAAUCUUGAUUCUGAGAUCAUUAGAGAGCUUUCAGCUAUGCUUGCCCAAUGUAACCCCUUUACACGUGUAUAUCGCCAUGUGUAUGAGUAUUGA